AUGAGCGUCACAUUCGAUGUCUUCCGCGGCUCCAAGGAGGGCAAGAUCGUGGCCGACAAGACCACGCGCACCUUGCAGCACAACGAAGUCUACAUUGAAACCACACACUCUGGUCUUUGCGGCACAGAUGAGCACUACCUCACCUCCGGCCAGGUUCUUGGCCACGAGGGUGUUGGUAUUGUCCGCCAGAUCGGCCCCGGCGUUUCAAACGUCAAGGUUGGAGCUCGUGUUGGAUUUGGAUACACCCACUACGUGUGUGGCACCUGUCAAAAGUGUUUGACCGGCUGGGACCAAUACUGUGAGAACAAGAAGGAGUACGGCACACACGACCACGACCUGGGCUCUUUCAGCCACGGUGUCGUCUGGGAUGCCGGCUGUGUCGUGCCCAUCCCCGAUAAUUAUGAGCUCUCCGAUGCCGCGCCUUUGAUGUGCGCUGGUGCGACUGUCUGGACUGUCCUGACUGAGUACGGCAUCAAGCCCACUGACCGCGUUGCUGUCAUGGGUAUUGGCGGUCUCGGACAUCUCGCUAUCAAGCUCGCAUCCGCCAUGGGAUGCCAGGUUGUCGUGCUCUCUUCCUCUGAGGCUAAGCGUGAAGAGGCUUUCGGCUUCGGAGCCUCGGAGUACCAUGUUUUCCGUGCCGGUCAGGAAAUGAAGGAUUUCAAGCCUGUCAACCACCUCCUGCUUUGCGGAAGUGCCUGUGUUGACUAUCCUUCUCUCAUUCCUCUCAUGGACAUCCACGGAUCCAUCUACCCUCUCACUGUCGACUUCACUCACUCACCCGUUCCCAUGCUGUUCUUGAACAUCAAGGGUGUCCGCAUUCAGGGUUCACUGGUUGCCUCUCGCAACAGCCUCCGCAGUCUGGUCCAGUUUGCUGCUGACCACGACAUCAAGCCUACCACCAUGACCUUCCCCAUGACCAAGGAUGGUGUCGAGGAGGCCAUGCAGACUCUCCGUGACGGCAAGAUGAGAUACCGUGGUGUUCUUGUUUGCCAGUAG